CAUUGUAUUGAGCCACAUUGCAAUUCAAUUAAAUAAGUGAUUGACUUUCAAAUCGAAAACCAAAAGCCCAAUCGAAAAUAGUUCUUCAUUCGGUAGCAUCGACAAGAUCUCGCCAAUCGUUCGCGAUCAACAGAGGCGAAAACAGCGCAACUCAGUGUUACCUAGAGUGUGGUAAACUAUUUCAUCAAUAAAUAUUAAGUGUGAUCUUUUCGGUAACGUAAACAAUUCACCAAAGAACAAAAAUGAUUUGGACUUGGUGCAUUGGAUUCGGUGUGUUAGUUCUUUACAUAGCAGUUACAUUCUGGGUCCAACGAGAUCAACCACCAGGCCCCAUUGGAAUCCCUUUGGUGGGCUAUUUACCAUUUAUUGAUGCUAAAAAACCCUAUGAAACUUUCACACAACUAUCCAAAAGAUAUGGACCCAUCUACGGUCUCAGGAUGGGUAAGGUAUACGCUGUUGUUCUGUCGAAUUAUAGCUUAAUUAGAACUGUGUUAGCUAAGGACGAAUCCACGGGCCGUGCACCCCUUCAUAUAACGCAUGGUAUCAUGGGUGGUUACGGUUUAAUCUGUGCGCAAGGUGCUUUAUGGCGGGACCAGCGAAAACUAUCCAUUGAAUGGCUGCGGCGACUAGGUAUGACUAAGUUUGGAUGUACACGAGAUAAACUCGAAAAAAGAAUCCACUCUAGUAUAAAGGAAAUGAUAGAGGUUAUUGCCACAAAUGCAAGUAGUGGCUUUGAUCCAUCCGCCACUAUUCAUCAUGUUCUUGGAAAUCUUAUGAACGAUCUGGUUUUUGGAUUAAAAUAUGAAAAACUGGAUAAAACAUGGCAGUUUCUGCAGCACUUGCAGGAAGAAGGAGUAAAGCACAUUGGGGUGUCGAUGGCAGCCAAUUUCUUACCAUGGUUAAGAUAUUUCCCAUCCACUCGACGUACGAUCAAAUUUCUGCUAGAUGGUAAAGCGAAAACACAUGCGAUCUAUGAUGCGAUCAUCGCCGAAAAGCGAAAAAACCUGCAGUCCCCGGAUGUGUCUGAUAUAAAUAGAGAAUGCAUUUUGAAAAGCUUUCUGGAAGAAUCAAUGAGCCGUCAAAAAGCAGGAAGAGCCGACGCUUCGUACUGCAGUGAUGUACAACUUCGUCAUCUGAUGGCCGAUCUCUUCGGAGCUGGUGUUGAUACUACGUUCACUACUAUUCGAUGGGCGCUCUUGUAUAUUGCUUUAAAUCCGGCGAUACAGCUUCAUCUCCGGCAAGAAAUGGAGCAGGCCUUGACCACGAAUAAGGCACCUAAUCUCGAUGACAUACUCCUACUGCCCUACUUACGUGCUACUAUUGCCGAAGCGCAGCGCAUACGAACAGUCGUACCUGUUGGGAUUCCUCACGGGACGAAGAAGGAAAUGAUGAUCGCUGGCUUUCGGAUUCCUGCCAAUACCAUGAUCAUGCCUCUGUUGUGGGCCGUUCAUAUGGAUCCAGAUAACUUUCCAGAUCCGGAAAAGUUCAAACCGGAAAGAUUUCUCGACAAAGAUGGAAAAUUCUCAGCUCCCCAUUGCUUUCUUCCGUUUCAAUCGGGCAAGCGUAUGUGCCUGGGAGAUGAACUAGCCCGAUACGUUCUGCAUCUUUACGUUGCUAACUUACUUUUUUGUUGCGAUUGGUUCGAUAUCGUGCCGGAAGACGCAUGCUCUAUUGAUAUGACCGGAACAUGCGGAAUCACCUUAACCCCUCCAAAGUAUCGAAUGAAGUUUUAUAAAGUAAAACACAAUCGUGAGCAUUUCUAAUUGAGCACCUUUUAUUUCGUUUUCGCGUUUAACAUCUAUUUUCAUUAUUUAGCAUAACUUUACGCAUGGCUAUCAAUGCAACUUGACAUUUUUAAGCAACUCUAUUUAACUGCCAGCCACUCUAGUUAUAACGUGCAUCGAUCGUAUCUUGAAUCUGGCAUCGAAUUGAACAAAUGAAACAUCAACGUAAUAAAAUAGUGUAUCAUGCAAUAAUGUACACUGUAUACUGCAAAAGCGGAUGAUUUGUUCUAAUUCCACAAUAGGGUAUUUGGCACGAGAAGAUGUUUUACAACAUCAGUGGCUUUCACUAUUUCAGAUUUAUAGCAUUCAAGCCGUAUCUGGUGAUACGAAUUGUAACAGAUGAAUUGUCAAAUGGGUAUACUAACUACAUUAAAUACUCGACUAACUCAAGCUAAUUCAAAACAGAUGGGAAAAGGAAUCAAAUGGUUCUGUUUAUUCUGCUGCUUAUACAUGCUUGCAUGCAGACUUAUGUCUAUAUCUUCUGAAAGUGUGGAAGAAACUUUGAUAUUUGAAAUUCUCUUCAUUUUCUCAUUUAUAAAUUUUUUUUUGUAUUGUUAUACUACAAAAUAUGAUCAUAAUAGUUUUAACAAAUGAGCACAAGAAUCUAAACCAGAGUUUUGUAAGGUAGGCAUAUCAGAUUGUUGUGUAAGGCUUAACAAUAGGAUUAGGGAUAGUUAAUUGAAAUGCAAUGUUCUGCGAUAAAUAAUUGUUUUAUUGAUUUUUUCGUGCUAAAAAGAACUAUAUAAUACUAUCGCAUAAAUGAAGCAUGUUUUCAUUGUGCAUGCUAGUUGAAAUAUUUUUAUGGAAUUAAUAAAAAAUUUGAACAUUUAUAUUUAUAUUUUAAUUCCUCAUUACUUUAAUGAACACAUAAUUUUUGGGAGGACAUAUGUCUUCUUCAACAUACUGACUUACUUCUUCUUUCAGAAAAAAACUCCCGCUUUGUAAUAAGAAUAAUAAAAUGUCAUGGAUCCGGCCUCAAUUGUUAUUAAUGACGUAAACUCGUUUGAGUGGUCCAUGACC